AUUGUAGAACUUGUAGAAAAAUUACCUGACAUUCCAUGGUUUCCAAAUGAUCCUAAAUUCAACUGUAAUUAUAUAUUGGAUGGUGAAUUAAAUGUUGAUUUUUUUUUGGAUUUACGUCAAAGCCAUGAUGCCUAUACGAGUAGAAAUCUUGAACGAACAAAAACUGUUUUUAGAAACAAUGAAAAUAAUACUUUAGAUAAACUUGAUGUUAAUAUAGCCAAUCAUCCACGUGCUGAUAACUCUGCUUUUUUACCGUUACAAAUCGGAUCUUUCGUAAUAGCUAAAUUUGACAAUACAUUUUGUGUUGCUCAAAUCAUUGCCAUGUAUGAACAAAAGUCCUUGAUGCAUUCAUAUACUGAUACUCCUGUUUCAGAUCUCAAAUCUCUUUCUUAUGUAUCUAUGAAAAUUUUCUUUCAUGUUAAUGGUGCAAUUUUUUCAGAGAUUCGGGAUCAUCAUUUUUUAAUUUUUUCUCAUACUAAAGCUUCUCAUAUUAUUCAUCAUUUGGUAUUAAAAGAUGUUAUUAUUAGUGAAGAAGCAUUAAUUCUUAAAGGACAAACAAAGGAAUAUUUUAAUGCACUCCUUAUAAGUAAUAAUAAAUAA